AUGACGUCUCAACAUCCUGACUUCGACGAGUUCUACGACGAUCAAGUGGCAGCUCAUCGACAGCUCUUUCCACAACAGAAUCCUUGGGAUCGCAUCACUCAGCCGAGUGUCCUAAUCUCUUGCCUCAUUGUUGUCGUCACUAUUACAUACAACUUAUAUGCUUCAACCACUACCUUUCAAGAAUCAAUACGCCUUUUAGGAACUAGUCUCUGGGACGGCCUUGUAGUCAUUGUCCCUCAGAGCCUCCUGAAUGCCUUGGAUACACCCGACAAUUCCACCACAACCACAACCUCCGAGUCGAUGCGUCUCGUCGAACGAAGCCACCAUGCCGUCAAAAGCGACAAGAUGCGGAGGGUCUUGGGGCUGACUCGUCCCGGCGGCGUCAUGUCCUCAGUCUUUGAAGUUAGAAACCGCGCCCUCUCCAUGACCGGCAGCGUUUUGGGCUUGAAGACCGAAUCCGAUCGUCCACCGGGCCUUGGCAAUAUGGACAACUCAUGCUACCAGAAUAGCAUACUCCAAGGACUUUCAUCACUUAAACCUCUACCUGAAUACCUCUCCACCUAUCUCGAAGCAUCGAAUAAAAGUGGCGAUCAAGACGUUGCGCAAACAUUACGUGCUCUGAUCGCCGACCUGAACGACGUUUCGAAUUAUGGGCGCACGUUAUGGACUCCAAGUCUGCUCAAGUCUAUGAGCACAUGGACUCAACAGGAUGCUCAGGAAUACUACUCCAAAUUAUUAGAUGAUAUCGAUAAGAGCGUCGCAAAAGCUAUCAAAAACGCACAGCCUCAACAUCCUGGUCUGGCCGUUAAGAUCGAUAAAGACGACGCUGCUGCAAGUGAGCAUAGCGACGACAGUGGCUAUCAAAGCAUAAUAUCUUCACCCGAGCUUAAGUCGAGCCACAAUCCGUUGGAGGGCAUGCUCGCACAGAGAGUGGCCUGUGUUCGUUGUGGAUAUUCCGAGGGGUUAUCCAUGAUACCUUUCACAUGCUUGACACUGAGCCUUGGUUUGAACAAGAAUCAGCAUGACCUGUAUGAAAGGCUGGAUGCUUACAGCAAAGUGGAAGUGAUCGAAAACGUCGAGUGUGCCAAGUGUACACUUCUCAAGCAUGAGGACCUUUUAUCUAAGUUGAUAGACAGGAUGCGAAACGACGAGAAACCAGACGAGCACCUCCAAAAAGCUCUGUGCCGACUUGAGGCAGUGAAGCUAGCUUUGGAAGAAGAUGAUUUUGAGGAAAAAACUCUGACGGAAAAGUGCAGCAUUCCGGCUAAUAACAAAGUCAGCUCUACGAAGACCAAGCAGAUUGUUAUUUCUCGGGCGCCAAAAAGCCUGGCAGUCCAUAUGCAACGAUCGGUGUUUGAUCCUUCCACUUUCAACAUGAUGAAGAACUCGGCUCCAGUCAACUUUCCCAUGACACUGGAUCUUGGCCCGUGGUGUUUGGGCAGUGCCUCCAAUUCCUCGACCCAAGCAUGGAGUGCAGAGGAGAAAUGGGAUGGGGACCCUCGAGAAUCAAUGAUAGCUGGCGACCAAGGCUCAUCCAAAUUUACAGGGCCUAUCUAUGAGCUUCGAGCAGUGGUUACACACUAUGGGCGGCACGAGAACGGGCAUUACAUAUGUUAUCGCAAAUAUCCACGACAUAGCCCGCCUACCAAAGCAGUUGACGAUGAGGAACCUGAUAGCAUGAUAGAUAUUCAGCCUGAGCUCGAACGAAAGAAUCAUGAGAACGACCUCGACGAACCUGAGAUGGACUGGUGGAGGCUGAGCGAUCACAACGUCUCAAAGGUUAGCGAAGAUGUAGUGCUUACCCUUUCUCCCGGUGUCUUUAUGCUCUUUUACGACUGUGUGGACUCUACGAUGGUUAUGAAUGAUCAAGACGAAAGAAUGCAAGAUGCCAAUGAGGUUGCAGAUCUUGUUGCCGCAACCGGGCUGGCCAGUGCAACGGACAACACGGCUCAAAUAGCACAGGGGCACGAAACUCAAAAGUCCAAUGGCAAGCCAAAGGAGGCAUCGAAUUUGGGAGAAGACGCCACGCCAUACGUUGCAAAUGAUCAGGCUGCCAUUGAAACGACAACGCGCGGCUCUAAUCUGAUCACCAAUACAGCUUCAUUGGUUCAUGUUACGCCAUAA